AUAUCAGGAGGCGUGAAGGUUUAGCAUCCGCCCCGGUCAGCGCAGCGCGUGUCUCAGCAGAAUCAAGCACGAGCUGAGCAGAAGUGUGGUGGAGUAGAGAGUCCGCGCGGCGCGACUGAACGCUUCCGUCCUCUCGACAGGCAGCAAUGAGAAAACGGGACCAAACUGCCACACAAGAAUUAAAUGAAUCCUAAGGACACUUUCAUCUUCUUGGAUAACGGAGUUUUUGUCGAGUUCGCUUGUACGCAAGAGUUGGGAGAGCAAAGGGCGCGUGUGUAGAUACAGAGAGGAAGUUACAGAAGAGUUACAGAAGAGACUUCUGAAAAGAGGCACGCUUGCCAUCAGCUGGAAGGAAGAGACAUUUACAGGUACAUAUGGGGCAGGGAGACGCUUCGGCGAGAGGCACAAGGAUGGAGGGAGAUUGUCUCAGCUGCAUCAAGUACCUCAUGUUCAUCUUCAACUUCUUCAUUUUUCUUGGAGGUGCAUUCCUUUUAGGGGUGGGAAUCUGGGUGCUGGUGGAUCCGACAGGUUUCCGGGAGAUUGUGGCAGUCAACCCUCUACUGUUUACUGGAGUCUAUGCAAUCUUAGUCAUGGGUGGGAUGUUGUUCCUUCUGGGAUUCUUGGGCUGCUGUGGAGCCAUACGGGAAAAUAAAUGCCUUCUACUCUUUUUCUUCAUGCUGAUUCUCAUCAUAUUUCUGGCAGAGCUCGCUGUGGCGAUUCUGGCUUUCAUAUUUCGGGAGCAUCUCACCAGGGAUUACUUCAGCAAGGAACUGAAAACACAUUACCAAGGCAGCAACAGCACCGAUGUCUUCACCUCCACGUGGAAUGCAAUUAUGACCACAUUUGAUUGUUGUGGGGUAAACAGUGCUGAAGACUUUGAUGAUCACAGUCUCUUCAGACGGCUGAACCCCAACAGACUGGUGCCGGAGGUCUGUUGCCAGAGGAACGAUCUGAUGAUGAGCAGGGACGAGUGCGUCAAGGGGAUCAUGCCGAUUCGUAACAAGGGCUGUUAUUCAGCGGUGAUGGACUAUUUUGAGACAUACAUCUAUAUGGCUGGUGCACUUGCUAUUGUGGUGCUGACUAUUGAACUUUUUGCCAUGGUAUUUGCUAUGUGUUUGUUUAAAGGAAUCCAGUAAUCGAAACACAUUGUACAUGGACAUUUUAAGAAGGAAAGUGGCAUGGUAUGGAAGAAAAUUUUAUAUAGAAAAAAAAGAAACACCAUUGUAAUUGUCAUCUUUAUGUAGUCAAAGUUACUGAGAAUUACAAAAAAAAUACAGUACUUCACAGCUGGGACUUUGAAGUACUUCGUUGUGAAAAAUAUUGAGUAAAAUAAGAGUUCAUUCUUAAAUUAAGGUUGAUGUAUAUGGCAGUCGUUUUCCAUUAAUAGAAGGAUAUUCUGCACUGAUAUUUGAUGACAAGACUGAUAAAAUGGAAAAAAAAAGGUUUUAGCUUUGUCUGUAUUAUUUAGCACUUCAUGCCAUGCCUAAAAACUACACAGUGUGACUGUUGAGUGUGUCUGUGAGACAGAAUGUAGAAAUGUAUUUCUGUAUAAAUUCUCAGAAGCUCGAAGCUUCUAUAAAGUAAUGUUUUAUGUAGUGCUAUUGUGAAUAUUUUGUCAUUUUAGUAAAACUGUGCUGUGUAUUUGUGUUGUAUCUAUUGUAACAACUUUGAAUAAUAUAAUAUAAAAAACAGUGUAUUUACAUCACUUGUAUGAACACUUUUUUUGCUGUCAAAUUUACCUUCAAAAACAUGCUUUUUUCAAUAGGCUUUAUGCCCAGCUGCACUACUUCCUGAACUUCAGCCAGCUCCUUGUUUCCUGUCUGCCAUUAUUGGACAAACCGAUUAAUCCAGGUGUUUCUGAUUAUUGUUGUUGUGACUACUGAGGUCAGGCACACCUGGAUUAAUCAGUUUGUCCAAUAAUGGCAGACAGGAAACAAGGAGCUGGCUGAAGUUCAGGAAGUAGUGCAGCUGGGCAUAAAGCCUAUUUAUUGGAAAAUAAUUCAUCGGUGCUAAAACAUUUGUCAAGAAGUAUCAGAAGGUUUUUUAUCUGUGCAUGGUUUAUUUUUCUAGAAAUUGUCAAAAUGGCUCUAAGGAGCUGUCCAUAGAUUGAACUGUUUCAUUUUGGGGAAAUGUAUAUGAUUCAAUUGUUUCCAGUUGUAUGGCUGUGGGGUAAUUGUCACAAACUGAUGAUAAGUCACAAAUCUUAUCUGGACAGCCAUAUAAGUAAAAAAAUCAAUGUUUACAGAAAAGCAUUACAAGAUACAUUGCCUGGGGUCUGUACAAGAUAAAUAGCUCAGGCUGCAGACUGGUCCCAUCUCAGGAUAAUCUCUCAACUUAUAGGACUGCAAGAGAUAUACAUUGACGAUGGAUGAGAAGCCUAAAAUGCCGGAGUACUUUUCUGUCUCACUCAAACAAACCCUUACAUUGAAUAAAUAUACUUGUGGUUAAAUAAAAGAAGACACAUUCAA